AUGUCGACUUCGCCACCAACCACCACAACUUUUAGGCCCUCAGCAUCCCCUCCCUGCUGGACACUGUUCCUCUUCCACUUGACAAUACCAUCGAUUCCAGACGCAUGGCGGUCCUUUCUCAGCUCUCAAGAAUACUCAAGUCCGAUGAUCUUUGUCGUUCUGCUGACAUUUCAUCGUUCAAUCAAAGCAAUAUGCCGUCUGGUCACGUCCCUCCUUCGCUUCCGAUCUUCAACUCAUCAUGCUCAAAGGUCUAGCGAGCUUAGUCGUGCUCUGAACCAUGGACUGAAUACUAAAAUAAGCAAUGCUCGCGUGCGGAAAAUGUAUCGAGACGACGAAGAUUCAUGCGAAGAGACAAGAGCUCUCUUGGCAUCAACUUCGGCUCAAACUGACCGACAAGGUCUUGAAAACGACGAAGGAUUUAUGAGCAACUUGGUCGUUUGGAGAGUUUCUUGGAUCAUCAAUCACUCAAAACAACUCCAGACCACUAAGUUGGCCAUAACUAGCGAAGGUUCAGACCCCAACGAGCUGUGUGAAGCUAUCGUAGCUAUCAAACACAUUAAUCCAAUCCUUUCCCCGAUUUUAGUCGAGUGUCUCCAAAGAAUCCAAGUUGCAUCAAGGACUCGAAAGGUGAUCGAGGAACGAUCUACGAUCGCUUAUGAGCCCGAGCUGCAUCAACACAAGUUCAAGGAAUUACUCAAGCUAUUUAAACCUAGCCAAGACUACGAUACCAUGCCACGAAAGGGAUGGCAGGAAAUAGGUUUUCAAGGUGCUGAUCCAUCAACCGACCUUCGAGGUGCUGGAAUCCUCGGUUUAGAUGCUUUGUUAGCGUUUGGAAGGUACUACGGAUCUACUGGGCAAGAAAUUGUGACCGAAGCAAUCGAUGGCGGCUCUUCAUGGUACCCAUGGGCACUUGCAUCGAUCAACAUAACCUGGUGGUGCAUAUCACUUGUCAAGGCCAAGAAACUCGAAUACUUUCUGCUUUCCCCAUCUGGAGCAUUAUCUACAAAUCCCGAUAGGAGAAAAGAGGAAGAGAUGCUCAUGAAAGAUAUCCCGAAGGAGUUGUACGGCUUUCUACUCCUUCAGUUGAAACUGACCCACCUGUUUCACCGGUUUUGGCUGAACCUCCAGCCUCGACCUAGCGUGAUGGACUUCGAAACUAAGUUCAAAGUCUUCAAGCGGCUCACUCAACAGGGCUUAGUUAAAGGCUUCAUCGGCGGUGUGGGCGUUGGCUGGAUUCUUGACUCGAGUGAUCCCGAUUUCGCAUAUCACCAAUUAUUGGUGAAUUUCUGA